AUGAAGAUACUGCUGUUGGUUUAUCUGUGUGUGUAUGUCGCCUGGGCACAGGACCUUGACUUUGAUAACGAAGAGGACGAUGACUUGGUCUCUGGAACAGCUGUAGAUGCUCGUGGUCACCGCCCACUACAAAAGGGCAGGGAGACCUUCACUGGAAAUAGAUAUGCCCCUCCUCCUGUCAGCGGCGGUAGCAGGUAUCGUGGGCGCCCCACUCCUGCUCCAGUUGGUGGCCGACAGAUCCAGGAGAAAGUUGAGCAGCCCGAUGCAGGAGGAUGUACACAUGCUUCAGAGGAAAUGGGUGUUUUGUGUCCCACUGGCUGCGAUCUAAAGACCACAUUGCUGAAGCAAGAGAGGAAUGUCAAGAGGAGCAUUGCAGAACUCAAGCCUCAGGUGAAUGAUUUGUCUCGGUCCUCCAACACUGUCUUCAACUACGUCAAUGGCAUAUCCAACUCGCUGAGGGAGAGGCAAAGAGUAUCUAACGACAACAGCAGGGUAGUUAGUCAGUACACCGACCGAGUGGAGGAACAGCACGCCUACAUCAAAGAGAUAGUGGAUACUGUGUUCCCUUCCAAUAUCAGAGUAUUGCAGGGGGUCCUGGACAAGAUCAAGCUGAAGAUCCAGAAGCUGGAGAAGGCCAUCCAGGCCCAGAGGGAUGAGUGCAAGACGCCGUGCAAGACUAAAUGUCCCAUACCAGUAGUUUCUGGUAAAGAGUGUGAGGACAUCUUCCGUCGGGGAGGAGUAGAUUCCCAGAUGUAUAUGAUCCAGCCUGAUGCCUUUUACCCUCCAUACAAGGUUUUCUGUGAUCAGGCCUCCCAGAAUGGAGGAUGGCUUCUUAUCCAGAAUAGGCUUGACGGCAGUGUUGACUUUGGUCGACGCUGGGACGAAUAUCGCCGUGGAUUUGGAAAUAUUGCUUUUGAUUCUGGCAAGGGUCACUGUGCGACUCCUGGUGAAUACUGGCUGGGUAAUGACCGUAUCAGUCAGCUGACUAAGAUGGGUCCAACUGAGGUUCUCAUCGAGAUGGAGGACUGGACAGGAGCCAAGGUCCAUGCCCAGUACAACCAGUUCACUGUCCAAUCAGAGACAUCCAACUACGUGCUUGCUGUUGGUGGUUAUUCUGGUAAUGCUGGCAACUGUUUCCUGGAAGGAUCUCUUGAGCUCUUUGGUGAAAACCGUACUAUGACCAUUCACAAUGGCAUGAUGUUCAGUACCUACGACAGAGACAACGACAACUGGACCCCUGGUAAUCCCACCAAACAGUGCUCCAAGGAGGAUGGAGGUGGCUGGUGGUACAAUCGCUGCCACUCAGCCAAUCCCAAUGGGCGGUACUACAUUGGAGGAGCCUACACACGACAGAUGGCCAAGCAUGGCACAGAUGAUGGUGUGGUGUGGAUGAACUGGAAGGGCAGCUGGUACUCGCUCAAGGCUAUUAGCAUGAAGAUCAGGCCUUACUUUGCCUCCAGAUAA